GGUUCUCCAUAGUGACGCGCUACGCCAUCUUGCAAUAUCAGCGAGCGCCGAGUUCAGUAGAGACGCUGAUUAGUUUGCGCUUCAACGCUACACCAAGGGAAAUUUCGGAGAGAUGAACAGUCAGAGCUCCCGCAACGAAACGGCAGCCGCCGCCGUUAACGGCUCGGAUUCAGCGGCGGCGGCUUCCCGAGAGCGUAAAACUGGAGGCGGCGUUCUGAAAAGGCUGAAAUCGCGACGAAAUCAAGUGGACCGACGGCCUGUAACGGAGGAAGAGCUGCGGGCGCUGGGGAGAGACAUCACUCCGGAUGAAGUUUUGGGACUCCGCGCAGUCACUCGCGACUAUCUUUGUAAACUAGAGGACAACAUCUACAACAUUGACUUCACACGCUUCAAGAUCAGAGACCUGGAAACAGGGACAGUUCUUUUUGAGAUUGCCAAACCGCCACACUGUGACCUUAAUGAGGAGGAUGAGGAAAACGGAGAUGUUGACACCAGUGCCGGGCGUUUCGUUCGAUACCAGUUCACAGCGGCGUUCCUUAAGUUGCGCACAGUCGGAGCCACUGUGGAGUUCACAGUUGGCGAUCGACCGGUUACCAAUUUCAGAAUGAUUGAGAGGCAUUAUUUUCAAGACCGCCUCCUGAAGAAUUUUGACUUUGACUUCGGCUUCUGUAUCCCGAACAGUCGGAACACGUGCGAACAUAUUUACGAGUUCCCUCAGCUUCCAGAUGACCUCAUACGGUUGAUGAUUGAACACCCGUAUGAGACCAGAUCAGACAGCUUCUACUUUGUGGACAACAAACUCAUCAUGCACAACAAGGCAGACUACGCUUACAACGGGGGCCAGUAGUGCUGCUUCAGUAGGAAACAUGACCUAAGUUUGUUGGAGUGACCGUGUGGUUUUGCUUGGUGUUUGCGUGGAAUGCAAAUACAGGACCGUCUCCUCGCUACCAACAACACGGUGUUGUCACCAGCAUUAUGAUCUGGCAGCAUCGACCCACCCAACUGGAAAUGACCAUUCCUUCUAUGAAGUUCCUGCAUUCCACUGACUUCACACACUACUUGUGGGUUUGGUCAAAAAAACCAAACAAAAAAAGAAAAAGCGGAGCCUUUCUCCUCGACUAGCCGGAACUGAAGAAUUCCUGUCCUGUCAUCCUGCUUUAGGGGCGACUACAAUAGAAGAGUUGUUGUUUUGUAAUGUUUGUUCUCUUAUGUCUUGCACCCAACACCACCAUGUGUCUUGUUUUGUGAGAUUUUUAAAGCUCUGAAGUCCUGUUAACCGAACUGAAUCUUAAUGAGGUCUUUCUAUGCUACAGCUUUGAUACAUAAAUCUUUGGUUAUUAAACAAAAAAAGGGUUUUUGCACAGAUUUGCAGUUUUUGUAGUUCAUUAAAGGGGUAGAACGGCAUUACUGGGGUAUAUCGUCACUGAGAUUGCAACACUCGGACACGUGAUCAGGGUUAGGAUGUCCACACAGUCCAGUUAAAGAGGAUGUGAUCUGUUUUCACCCUAAUCCUAUAAAGGGGGUGUUUACAUGACCCUUUAAAACUUAUGUUUUUUUGGCUGAUCGUUUAGGACGUUUUGCAGGCCUGAAAAUGCUAACAUUUGAAAAUGGGUUACUUAGUUGCAAGUUUUUGAAAAUGAUACCGUUAUCGCCACCUUUUAAACUACAAAAACACGGAUUUGUUAAAACGGUGGCGUCUUGUGCAUAGAUAUGUGUUCAAUCUAUUGGCGCGUAGUUUUUCUUUACAAAGGGACAUCGCCAACUACUAGCCUGGCAGAAGAACACAGCGUUGUUGUUUUUUUGGGUUGUUUUCGCAGAUUCGUGUGAACAGGGAUUGUUUUGACAAUGGUGUUGUCUGUAUGUGGACAACGCAAAGGAAAAACUUCCAUUUUUAGUACUUCGUUGUUGUUGUAAAACGUACCCUAAAAUAGCUGCAGUGAUUUAUGUAACUACACUACUGUUCAAAUGUUUGGGGUCCGUAAGAUUUGAAAAUGUUUUUGAAAGAAGCCUCUAAUGCUCACCAAGGC